CAUUAUUCUCCCCCAUUUCAUUUCUUCACGGUCUCAUAAGAAUCCCCUUCUCUCUCCUCUCUGUAUCUCCCCCAUCACGAAGCUCGCUAGGGCUUUUUCAGUUUCUUCCCUUUCUCACACACGCUCGGCUAUCUAUAAAUUGCCCCACACUCUCUCGAUUCAAAUUCAUUCGACCCCUUAGGUUUUGUCUCACAAGUAACCGCGAGCAGGAAAGUUCGAUCAGCGAUCGCGAUGCCGCGGCGGGGGGAUGAGUACGAGGACGACGACGACCAGGAGCCGGAAGAGGAGGAGGAGGAGGAGUACGCCUUGGACGAGGAGGAGGAGGAGGAAUAUGAGGACGACGGCGGGAAGACGAAGCGCAAGAGGGGCGGCGGGUCGCAGUACAUAGAUUCGUACGCGGAAGAGGACGAGGACGAGGAUGAGGAUGAGGAAGAAGAGUACGGCGGGGGCCGACGUGGACGCGGAGGGAAGCGGCACAGGAAGGGCGCGAUGGAUUUUUUUGACGAAGAAGCAGUCGUGGAUAGCGAUGAGGAGGAUGAGGAUGAGGAUGAGGGGGAGGACGAUUUCAUUGAUCGUGGGGCUGAUCUACCUGAUGAGGAUGAUAGACGAAUGCAUCGCCGCCCCUUGCUUCCACGUGAGGAUGAGCAAGAAGACGUUGAGGAAAUGGAGAGAAGAAUUGCGGAGAAAUAUGCUGCUAGGAGCCUUAAUGUUGAAUAUGAUGAGGAGGCUACAGAUGUAGAACAACAAGCUCUACUGCCAUCUGUUAGGGAUCCAAAACUAUGGAUGGUGAAAUGUGCGAUUGGACGUGAAAGGGAGGUGGCUGUCUGCCUCAUGCAAAAGUGCAUUGAUAAAGGACCGGAAAUGCAAAUUAGAUCUGUCAUAGCACUGGAUCAUCUCAAAAACUAUAUAUACAUAGAAGCAGACAAAGAGGCUCAUGUGAGGGAGGCUGUUAAGGGUAUGCGAAAUAUAUAUCCAAGUAAGAUAAUGCUUGUCCCAAUUAAGGAGAUGACCGAUGUUCUUUCGGUUGAAAGCAAAGCAAUUGAUAUCUCUAGGGACACCUGGGUUAGAAUGAAGAUUGGAAUAUAUAAGGGGGAUCUUGCGAAGGUUGUAGACGUUGACAAUGUGCGGCAGAGAGCUACUGUGAAAUUAAUCCCAAGGAUCGACUUGCAGGCCCUGGCUAACAAAUUGGAAGGUAGGGAUGUUCCAAAGAAAAAGGCAUUUACCCCACCUGCACGAUUGAUGAAUAUAGAUGAAGCUAGAGAGCUUCAUAUUCGUGUUGAGCGGAGACGAGACCCAUCUACUGGUGAUUAUUUUGAAAAAAUCGAAGGGAUGAUGUUCAAGGAUGGUUUUUUGUAUAAAAAUGUAUCACUUAAAUCUCUCAGCACUCAGAACGUGCAACCAACUUUUGAUGAACUCGAGAAAUUUAGACAUUCUGGUGAGGGUGGUGAUGGUGACAUGGCCGGUUUGUCAACACUUUUUGCCAACAGAAAGAAAGGUCAUUUCAUGAAGGGUGACCGGGUUAUAGUUGUCAAAGGAGAUCUUAGAAACUUGGAAGGAUGGGUGGAAAAAGUUGAGGAAGAUACUGUUCAUAUUAAACCAAAUGAAAAAGGCCUUCCUAAAACUUUGGCUAUCAACGACAAAGAGCUUUGCAAGUACUUUGAACCUGGAAAUCAUGUGAAGGUUGUAUCCGGUGCGUCUGAUGGUGCAACUGGUAUGGUUGUCUCUGUUGAAGGCCAUGUGGUUAACAUAGUAUCUGACACGACGAAGGAACUUCUCCGUGUGUUUGCUGACAAUGUUGUGGAAAGUUCUGAAGUGACUUCCGGUGUUACUAGGAUUGGUGAUUAUGAGCUUCAUGACCUUGUCCUGAAGGGUGUCGCAGAGAGACCUGAUGUUGCCCUGGUGAGGUUGAGGGAAAUUAGGUAUAAGAUUGACAAGAAGCUUUUUGCAAAAGAUCGUCAUAAUAAUACAUUAUCCGUGAAAGAUGUUGUAAAAAUUCUUGAAGGUCCCUGUAAGGGGAAACAAGGUCCGGUUGAACAUAUAUACAAAGGAAUUUUGUUUGUUUAUGAUAGGCAUCACCUGGAGCAUGCUGGUUUCAUUUGUGUAAAAUCUGAGUUUUGUAUGAUGGUGGGUGGGUCACGCGCAAACAGUGAUAGAAAUGGUAAUGCAAUGGCUUCAAGAUUUAGUCACCUUAGAACUCCUCCACGGGUUCCCCAAUCUUCUACGAGACCACCUAGGGGUGUUGGAGGAAGGCGUGGAGGUGGAAGAGGUCAUGAUGCUCUAGUUGGAGCUGCUGUUAAAAUUCGUCUGGGCCACUACAAGGGAUGCAAGGGACGUGUAGUAGAUGUCAAAGGUGCCACGGUCAGGGUUGAGUUGGAGUCACAAAUGAAGUUGAUCGCAGUUAUAUAUCCGAUAACGUCAAUGGAAACAUCUAGAUAUGGCAUGGGAAGUGAGACCCCUAUGCAUCCUUCUCGAACACCACUGCAUCCAUAUAUGACUCCUAUGAGAGAUUCUUAUGCAACUCCUCAUCAUGAUGGUAUGAGGACUCCUAUGCGUAACCGUGCAUGGAAUCCUUACACACCAAUGAGUCCACCAAGGGACAACUGGGAAGACGGGAAUCCUGCUUCUUGGGGAACUACGCCUACUCCUGGUUCUGGUUGGACAAAUGCUCCAAAUAACAAUUACAACGAUGCAGGCACACCUAGGGAUAGUGGUUCUGCCUAUGCAAAUGCUCCAAGUCCGUACUUGCCGUCCACACCUGGUGGACAGCCACCAAUGACACCAAGUUCGGCAUACUUGCCCGGCACUCCUGGUGGGCAACCAAUGACACCUGGAAGUGGUGGUUUGGAUAUGAUGUCACCAGUUGUAGGUGGGGACAAUGAAGGCCCCUGGUUCCUCCCAGAAAUUUUGGUCAAUGUCCGUAGGGCUGGUGAAGAUAGCUCGCUGGGUGUUAUAAAAGAUGUUCUGCCGGAUGGGUCGUGCAGAGUAGGUUUAGGAUCGAGCGGUAAUGGUGAGACGGUCACAGUCCUUCCUAGUGAAAUUGAGGUGGUGCCUCCGAGAAAGGCAGAGAAGAUCAAAAUCAUGGGUGGUGCACAUCGUGGGGCCACCGGUAAGCUCAUCGGUAUAGACGGCACAGAUGGAAUCGUGAAAGUUGAUGACACUCUUGAUGUCAAAAUCUUGGACAUGAUUGCUACUCGAAAAACCUCGUUUUUAUGCUCGUGCAAAACUGGCGGUGUUUACUGUUGUGUAGUAACCAUGGAUUUUCUUCUCGGGCAAGAAAUUCUGCAUAAUUGUGGAAGGAGUUGGCCUUUUUAG